GGCACAAAGAGAUAUGUGCCUUUAGUUUUCCUAUAUCUCAACCCUGAAAUCCCUCUCAUCCCUUUGAACAUUUCUUCAACUCCUCCAAUGCCAUUACCAAAAAUCAAGGAUCCUUUUCCAUUCUCUAUUCACCUUCUUCCCCUUUGAUCAUUUUUCAACAGCUCCCAAGCUCCAUUUUUCACUAGACAAAACACAAAAAGAAAAGACAAAAAAACAUGGCGAAUUCAGCAUCUGGAAUUGCAGUAAGCGAUGAAUGCAAGCUCAAAUUCUUGGAGCUAAAAGCGAAACGUAACUACAGAUACAUCAUAUUCAAGAUUGAUGACAAUGUGCAGCAAGUGAUGGUAGAGAAGGCUGGUGACCAUGCUGAAACGUAUGAACACUUCACCAGCAGCCUGCCUGAUAACGACUGUCGGUAUGCUGUUUUUGACUAUGACUUCACCACCGAUGAGAACUGCCACAAGAGCAAGAUCUUCUUCAUUGCAUGGUCACCGGAUACUGCAAGGGUGAGGACUAAGAUGCUGUAUGCAAGUUCCAAAGACAGGUUCAAGAGAGAGUUAGAUGGUAUUCAGGCUGAGUUGCAAGCAACCGAUCCCAGCGAGAUGAGCUGGGACACCCUCAAAGCAAGAGCUUUUUGAAGUUUCCUUACCAUAGAUCACCUUGUCUCCCGUUUCUUGUUUUAAAUUUUCAAGUGUUGAUUUUGGUUUCGGCUCUUUCUCAUAUUAUGGGAAGACGGCCGAUUUUUCUUUUUAUUUUCGGUUUAGCUGACUGGUGUGGAUUCAUUACUAGUAUUAGAGGGAUAAGAUUAUCUAUAUAUGUUGCUGUGAUGUUUUCAUGUGUUUUGACAGAUUUUUAAUGUAAUAUUAGCUACAGUUUUCCUGUGGCUAUUAUCUGUUAUAUCAG